AAUCAGGUGAAAGACGAAAAUUAUUUGCGACGUGCCUACCACUGAAAAUCUGACAUGGAGAUCUAAAGGCAAAAUAUGUAUCCAAUCAACUUUUGACAGAAAAAAAUAGUCUAUUAUUUUAGGCGCAACCUGAUAAUAAAUCCCGAAGACAUUUUAAUCCGCAUUCUCUCCAUUAGAGUAUUUAAAUGUCCUCAAAGAUAGUUUCCCGGUGAGUCUAAAGUUAUUCAACAGCAGCGUCCUAAUGCUGGCUUAAUAUCAUAUUUCUUCGCCAUGAAAUUAUUACUUGUCCAGUUACGUUUAGAGACUUGAGAAAUAAAUUUUCUGCUCUAACAUCACUCCAAAUGCAACUUUAAACAGAUUCUCAUUUGAUUAGGGACAAAAAAUAAGAAUUUCAAGCUUAAUUUUUCUACAACACAUGACACACUUACCUGACUGGGUCCCUUGAGAGUAACCUUCAAGGGUUGAUAUCCCGGCCCUUGAACGUUCUCUAUCAAGCCGUGUUUGCAAUCUUUCAAAUUACAAUCACCGUCUUCUCCUUUGGGCCCCCGAAGCCCCUGAAGGCCCUGGGGACCUCUAGGGCCCUGUGUACCAAUUGGCCCUUGUUUUCCUUUAGCACCCGUUGCUCCUGGGUCUCCUUUGUCACCCUUAGGUCCCUGUUGUCCUGGUGACCCCUGCUGCCCGGCAGGGCCUGGGAUUAGACUUGCAUUUACGAUCUAUAGGGGAGGAAGGUUCAGUUACUGGUUCUAUUCUUUGCUGACAAAUUUAAGUGGUAUCUUAUUCACAAUGAGAAACGAAACAUUUUCUCGAAGAAAUAACACCCUCUGGCCUUGUUAGCCAGAUUUUUCUAUCUAAUUGUUAAUUGCUUGCUGAACGAGUGAAGAAAUGACCCUCAAAGGGAAAUUGGUUAGUGAUGAAUUUGAAGCAAUUGUGUUUUUCAAUAACUGUAAUAUGAUUGUGCAUCUACUUUAUAAUACAUUGCACAUUUUCAAAAUUGUUACGCAUUCACUUAGCUUAUAAUUACAAUUAUUGGCUAAUGGCGAUCUUUCAGCGAAACGACACCAACAACAACCACAGCAAACGAAAGGAAAAUGAAAAAAACAAGAGCGUUUUAUAAAAUCUAAAAGCUCGUUGUCGUAAUAAAAGAACCUUAUCGGCAACAUUGAUAGAAAUGUGGAUUAGUUUUACUCUACCUGAAUAAUUGCCAAAAGAUCAGCUACUUCUGCAUCAAUUUUAACGUCUAACAUGUUGACUUUGUCACUGAUUUUCUGCAGCUGUUUUAAAAAGAAGAACAAGUAUUUUAAUUAGUGUUUUAUAUUUAAGCAACAGACUUAGCAUCCUAGUAUCAGUUUAUUAAUUUGUUAUUUUGAUGAACCUCUCGAUGGACGAGACGUAUUUAUUUUAUUCACUACCUUAACCUUGACAACGGGGUUUACAGAAAAAAAUGAAAAGCACCUUUAACUAUUGCAGAACAGCGUCAAAGCAAUCAAUUGGCUAAAGAGCGUGGGAUAUUGUAUAUAUUGCAACUAGGGGUGUCUCAGUUAAUGCCCACUCACACUGUUGAUGCCCUGAAUAUAUGCACCUUGUUGAAGAAAGUAAGGGUUUACAUAGCCACAAGCUUACAGAUCAGUGUUUGUACAGCCGUCUGGUUGAAAACUGAAUUCAUGCAUAAGCAUUAACGAUUUAAGUUAUAAUUCUGAAUUUAAGCCAAAUCAGCUUGUGUGAUUAAAGAAAGCAUCACAGCAAACGAAAGACCACUUUUCCUGAAGCUAUCGAAAUAAAAUGGCACGAACCACUUGGGUUUUCAAAGGGACUUAUGGUUUUUUCUAAAAGAAGAGGUAAGUACGCAAGAUUAUGAACAAGCCCCUAAAGUUUACUUCAGCCUGUCCAAGCCUACAUAUCAUUUAGCACGUUGUAAGGAUGACACAGUUAGCUCACGUUCGGUAGAAUUAUUUCAGGUCCAGUAGGAUUUAUUAAAUUGUUCGGAAUGCAAAAAAAAGCAAAUAAAAUAAGUCUUCCGAUUGAGUGUACAACGCUUACCUUGAUUUCAUUGUCACUGAGUCGUGCCUUAAUAGAGUUGAUCUAAAGGAAGGAAGAUAAACAAAAUGAAAGCUAGACCUUUUGAAGGACAUACAUGGUUGAUACAACUCACUUUGACACUGAAGAUGACUACCGCAAAGGUUUUCGAAACGUCAGUCGCUGUUAACAACAGUCCUUCAGGAGUGCAAUCACCCGGACGAUCAUAUUCGACCCGAUUACCAUCCAUUAUUAGUCACGCCCUACUAUCACGAAUGUUGUAUUGUUCUCGGUUCAUAAAACAUGAUAGAAGAAGACCUGACUACUUAGCCGUGACAAAAGCCGUUAAAGAAAAGUCGAUCGAUCAUCAUAUCUCUGGCGCUGGUAGUAUGAAUUAAAGUGUCAGAAUGAAACCUCUUGUGCAGUACUUUGAUACAGCUAUUUAUGUUUUUCAUUAUAAUUAUGUAAUUAUACUCAUACACACAAAGAUAAGAACCGUCAGGGGAUCAAUUAUUUCCUAAUUCACAGAACCGAAUAAGUGGCCUCUUUAAAAUUGGACUGGCAACAACAUCUGCUUAAGCCAAAAGUUAUUGAAUGGACUUACUUCAGCUCGGUCACACACUCCUGGAGGUCCCCUCUCACCGGGUGGUCCGGGGUCUCCCUGAAAAUAUUAUGAUCAAGUCCGGGCUUAAAAUUGAUGAGAUUACAGGCGUUAAAAUGCAUUCAAAUAGAAUAUUGGCAAAGUCUGGUCCCUAGUAAAUGAAUAGAAUAAUACCUUUGGACCAUCUCUCCCAUCUCUUCCAUCCUUUCCAUCUCUUCCAUUUUGCCCAUCCGUACCGUUCAGUCCAUUCUUCCCUGGUGGCCCAGGGGGACCUACCACAGUCAUCCCAUCCCUUCCAUCCCUUCCAUCUCUUCCUGGUUUACCAUCUUUGCAAUUACUGGGGCAGGAUGGUACGGUGGGUGGGGGCUCAGAUAGGCUGUCCAGACUGCGACGCUGUGAAGGGAAAAAUCAUAAAAAAUAUUAGAAUUUAUGUGUUUUUUAGUAGACGGACACCACCCCUUUGCAAAAAUCUAAUGAAGCGACCCCUUCCAUGUAGAACGACAAACGUCCUAAUUUAAUAACUGAGAGCUCACGACAAUGUACUUAGUAAGGCUACAUCAAUAAAUUAGAAAGUGAAACAAAGAGUUCUCUCCCAUAUGGGAGCGAUGAACUUUUCAUUUACUGCGCUUUUCACAAACAUGCGAAUUCUGAAGUUCAAAAGCCAACUGACGAUUGCGUUUUUCGUUGCCGUCGUCAAUCAUCUUAACCGACCUCUUAGGAAACAAAACUUUACUUUAACGGGUUCAAAAGGUCAUGGUUGGUGAUUUGUAAUUGGUGGAUUUCGAUCCGUUUUGUGUGUUUCUGUGUUUCAAGGUUCGUUGCUUGUGAUCGUAAUAUGAUUGACGGCAGCGAAAAUCGCAAUUGUGAAGGCGGCUGUUGAACUUUAGAGUUCGCAUGUUUGUGAAAAGCGCAGUACAAGUCGACUCGACUACAGGUAAAGUGAACUCAACGGAUGCCUGUCUUUUAUAUGUAUUUAUCUUCAUGCCCUUAGCGUGCUCGACCGAUAGGUGACGUGAUACGAUAAUCCGGCCAGAGUUAAGUUAGCAGUAACGAUGCCGGUCGUCGACAAUUAGAGCGCAAGUCAUCAAUUAGACAAAAAACUAGGAUUAUUCACCUCUAGGUUUCCUAACAACCAAAGAGGUAAUACUUCAAUAUUCAAGUUAGAAAUUGUUAGCGAAAUUUGGUUAACAUAUAUGAUUACAGCUGUAUACUCUGAUCAGUAUUUAUUUAUCUAUUUUUAUAAACGUUUAAUUUCUGCUUAUAUUAAUUUGCCUUAGAACUAUUUUAAUGGCCUGGGAUGAAAAACUAGUUUUAGCCUUAAAUUCGGCAUUUUCGGCUGUUAUUAGUAUGUGUAAUCAAGUGGUGACGAGUGAAAUUAGGGAAAAAUUUCACGCGCGUUUUGUCCAAAUCAAGCGAAAUUAUUCCCUAAUUUCACGAGUAUACCAUUUAAUUAAUAUCAUAGGUGACGAAUUACGAUUGCAAUCGCGGAUUUUUGACAUGUUUAUCCUGGUUUUAUCGCAUCGAUCAGAGAACUUCAUGCUCUCAAAAGUUUACAGCUUAAAUGUGGCUUGAGAAUGUUCGUAAUGUCUCGACAAAAUACCUGUUAGAAUCCUUCUUAAUGUGGCCUUUCUUGUGUUUAGGUUUUCCAAAGUGUCUUUUAAUGCCCUGACAUCUUCAUUCAUAAAAUUUUAAAACUUCCUCGCCAUCUUGGCACCUAGACGUACGGAAGGUUGCCAUGGCAAUUUUGAGCCAAAGUUAAGGAGUAACUCGUCACCCAUGAUCUUAUGAUAUUAAUCUAACAGAAUGAUAUGACAGAUUUCAUGCAUCACCCAGGAAGGCCAACUUUCGGUGUGCAGGUGUUUGGAAAUUAUGAAUUUCGUUUGUUUCCAAACUAUCCAAUUAAUCAGAAUAAAAAAGUUGCCAUUAACACUGGACGAAUUGCAAAUAUGUCGCUAGUUUGUAAAUACUGAGGACUAAAUAUAUGACAAAGAUAUUGGUAAAUGCCACAUUUGCAUACCAAAAAACAGGGGGUGAAAGUAAAGAUCUUUUGGCAUUUAACUUGUUAAUUUAUAAUUAGUCACGUGACAACAGUAGGAAAUUUCCAAAAAUAUGCCAACAUUGUAAGGAUGAAGUUAAUUACUGUUUAUCCCAUUUGGUCACGUCCAGUAACUAGAUAUGUCAUCGACAAGUUAUUUUUUAUUUGUUUUCAUCGUUCUGUCGACAUAAGGAAAUUUUUCGCAAUAAUUAAUCUAAUUCUUUCGUUGUUUUUCCGCAGAAUCAAUACUAAUUCAAUAGUCACUGCGAAGAAACUCCUUGUCUUCGUAUCUAUGAAAUUAUGCUUUGAAAUUAUUUUCUAAAGGACGAUACUCCCCCAUAUACUAUGCCCUUUCAUCAUUUUAGUCAGAAAUCAAUGCAAUAGCUGGAUCUUUUUAUCAACAAGCAUCAUUCAUAUUCUAAGCUUUUUUUCUCAGUACGAUUUGUAUGAAACUAAUGCAAUUUUUAUUCUCCUGAGGCUUAUUGUCUAAGUGGCGAAAUUUUAAGGAAAAGCUUCUGACUGAUCCUGCUCACUUAUAUAGUUGAAUUUACUGAAUAAGCGAGUAAGGAAUCUCUCUUACGAAAAUACAGAUUUUUUGUAAAAGUCCUUUAUUAUUUUUUUUCCUGGUUGACGAUGCCAAUUUUAUAGGAAACAUCUACCCUGCAUCUAUCUGUUGAAAUUGACAGGCGCUACUCAAUGCUGCUACGUCCGUGUUUAGUAUCAAUGCACAUGUUUCCUGUCAGGAAGUUAAAAAGUCUGAACAGCCACACAUUAGAGACAUUACAGAAUUAUAUUGACGGAUCAGAAUUAGAUUAAAGAUUCUUGUAUAAUUAGGUAUCUCGUCUCAAAUAUUGCUUAAUGCAGUACCACUGACAAUGAAACCCCCGAAGAACUAAAUAAGCGGCCAUGUGCAGUCCCGAGGGGAGCAAUGUUCGAGCCCUUUUGGUUUGGAAAUAGAUCAAAGUUUUGUUCUUGUACGGAUUUUGUAUUACUAUCAUUUUUCUCUUGAUAAACAGUGGUUCAGGGCUCAAAUAAGCCGUAGUGAAAUAACGUACUUUGGUCUAAAAUAGAGUCAAGGUUUCAGAGCGAAUGCCACACCCUCUAAUCUGAAUAUUUUUGUAGACCCCCCCUUCCCCCUAGAAGUGGCGGAAACAGAUUGAAAAAAAUAGAAUUUUGAAAGUCUUGAGAUUAAAAACCUAGUUUCUGACUUUCAAAUCCUGUCAGGUGGUUUUAUCCGUGGGCACGGUGAACAUAAAAUUUGAUAUCAACGUCAAGAAACCUUAACUUUGAACUCUAUGCAAAAGUUAAAGAUUUAACAAAUGCUAUUCAAAUCUUUCGUCUUUCGGCUAACUAGCCUUUCACAUAAACAGUUCGAGGGAAUUGUAUCAUAGACGUAAGACAUGCAGAAGUGACAAAAUGUUUCUUUUUCUAAUAGCUUUCCUUUUUUUUCAAAUAAAAUCUUUUACAAUAUGGAGGGUUCGUUUCACUGUUAUUAAAUUAUCAUCCCAUAUUCAUAUACCGCAUUAAUAAAACUUUUUUCGUUGUGUUUUAAGACACUUACUACUUUUAACAUGUUUACAAGUCAUAUUAAAGAGAAACGCAAUAUUUUAGCUUCUUACUCUUUAAGUCCAUGAGGAUAUUUUGAGUGAGCAUCCUUGUAUAAUUUAUAUCAGACUUUUAAAUAGAAAAAAUUCUGAAUUAUUAGUUUGGAAAAACAAGCUCCAAGAAAGAAAAAACACCCAUGUACUAUACUAAAGCUUAAAGGACUGAAAGAUGGAUGAGGAGAGGAGAUUAACAGAAAGGUGUACGUUAAAUCUUUCAAGUAGAAGAAAACUUGGCUAGGAUUAGUUGGCCAGUUUUGCAAAUGUCACGGAACAAGUCGGCUUAAUUAAAGUAACUGAUAGUGAGCUUGCUCUUAUAGUGAACGAAGAGUUAUGAAGUUCUUUCAAAUUCUAACGAAAAGGAUGCUAAAAAAAAAACUUAUCACUUACCUUGAAAUGGGAAUCUUCAUUAAAUCCGAACGUUGAAGCUAAAGGGGUGUCAUGCACUACAAGCAAAAGAACUAUUAACGGGGCGAAUCGUAAAGAGACCAUCUUUACGUAGCUAGUAAAUAAGUUAGGGAAGUUAAAAGCUGGCUUCUUUAAGUGCUUGAGAAAACGCUUAUCAAAACCGUCUUUUUAUUGCAUAAGUUGAGCUCUUUAUUUACAUAACCUUUUCACUAAAACGUCAAGCCAGUCAAACCUCAAUUACAUUUGUUUAGAUACCGUUUAUUAAACGGAAGAGGCCUUGCAACGUUUGAUUAUAAAGAGAUAUCUACUUUGAAGACUCGGUAUUUACUCCGCAGAAGUUUCUCUCUAGUAAUAUCCUGUAAUUGUGUUAUUAAACGCGGACCCCUUUGCGUUUUUUUAAUUCAACACCUUCAAAACUGAUAUUGAAUUUAUCUGUUUAGUGUCUUUCAAUAUAUAGCAUCAAGGAUUUAGCACGUAUAGAAUUUGGUUAAAUUCUUUUUGCACAAACAGAGGAUCAGAGGCAGCUUAUAAUAGUCACAUUAAAAAAACUAUCGGACAAAAUUUUUCUUCUUUAAGCGGAGCUUCGACAUUAAACAUUAGAAAUUUAUCGCAACUGAAAGCGAGAAAAAAAAAAAAUAUAUAUAUAUAUAUUUUUAGUAGGGUUAUUUAUCUGAACAGCCUUGCUGCGUGACCUUGGCAACAAAUAAUUGCAGCAGGCUGGUGUCCAAGCCGAGGUUUAUAAGUAAAUGAACGUCUUGCGCAACUUUGUCUUUUAUUUACAAUAAAACAUCGUCUUCGAAAUUUCGUGCAUAGAUGAGGCUGUACAUGCAUCUGACAGAUUGUCCUUAUUGUUAUACUACUAUUCACAAUUUAAAGUUUUCAGAAUGUGUAUAUUCACUUUUUUAACUAAAAACUAUUUGAUAGCAACUGGAACUUUUAUUUAUUUUGUUUUUCCUCAGUUGUCCACCCACUGGAUCAGAAGCUUCUCUUACAGAUAACGAAAGACAUUUAGUAUUCUUCCAUCACCGUCUCCUUGAUUUGCUAACUUAAAAUCAAAGAGAGAUUGUGCGGAUAAGAUACAACCACCAGACUUGAUUCUUACUUCACCUGAAGUAAAGUGUUUCAUCCGUCAGCGAAUAUAACAGAAAGAAGACCGCGUGAACCUAAUAUCUACGGAAUGUCGGUAUGAUCCUGAACACAACGAAGAUUUGGAUUGAAUUUUAAGAGCGGAAGUUGUCGUACGAAGAAAGAUGAAUUCUACUUUUAUGAACAGUUCUUGCCCUGAUAAAGAUGCCGAGAUACACAUCUUCAUGAUUGUUUUUGUUAUGGUAGGAUCAAUUUUAGGGAACAGCAUAAUCUGUUUGUUGCUUGUCCGGUUCAAAACACUGCGAACAGUACCCAAUAUUUUGGUGGUAAACCUUGCUGUGGUUGACAUCUUGAACGCAGUUAUUAAUAUGCCACUUAUGAUUCUGUGGUACAUCUGUCAAGUUCCCUACCUCAAGGGGCCCAAAAUCUCCUGGUUCGUUGUGACAUUGUACGUUCUGUUCAUGUACCUCACUGUUUUUAGCCUCACAAUGCUCGCAGUGGAUCGAUUUGGAGCCAUCGUUCUCAGUUUCCGAUACCAUACGUGGAAAACCGUAAACAAAGCGAAAGUAGCAGUAGUGUUUGUGUGGUUUUCAGCAGCUGCCUAUACCUAUGGUAUGUUCACUAUGGGACUGAACAUCGAUUUAGGAGACGCUCCAGUGCUGGAGUACAGGAUCCACUAUUUAAAGAAAUUUGGAAGACAUUUUCUCCUUCCAGGGUAUCUAGUACCCUUCAUAGUCAUACUUAUCUUAGGAGGAACUAUCUGGUACACUGUGCGUUCACAUAACAAGCACAUCAAACCAAGUCGUUCCUCGGUGAAACAGGUGAAAAGCGAUGUAAAGACCGCGAAGACCAUCGGCUUAACUUGUGCGGCGUUUUUCUUGAUGGGUGUCUUUCCAAUGCUGCUACAUAGAAUUUCGCGAAUACACGGCACUUGGCCCCAUUUUUUAGCAUUUUUCCUGAUGCACUUAAACAGCAUGGUAAAUCCUAUUAUUUACGCUCUGACGACAAAGAGGUAAGUUUUCAUGUAAGGAAAAAUACCUUUUUUCAGUUAGUCAGUUACAGAGUAGACUGAAAGUUUAACAUAAUAUCCCUAUUCUCGGUUUGCACUGUCACGCCAUAAUAAACAAAAAUGCAAAACCAUUCAAUACAGAAAGUCUAGAAUCUGGGAAAUUAAAGAAGAUAGACACAAAAUGCCUUGCUAACAGUCAGGUCAGUGCAAUAUAUUAAAUGCAAGAUAUUCGGAAAAAAGUUUUACCCAGAUUUAUAAGGCUUUGUAUGGAAACGCCAUGUUGGUGUCCCUUCAGGGACAUCAAUAUGGCAACCGGAAACAAACAUGAAACAUAUGUGUUUAUGCGUGAAUUCUUCCCUUGAGGAACUCAUAAAUAUUAAAGUGAUACUUAUUCUGAGACAAGGAAUGUUUUGAUAGCAAAAUCUCCCAAAAUCGGUAAUGUUUUUAACCCACAUAGGAGCUUUCCCGGCCGCCAGCUUAAUUCCCCCGUCACGCAAAAGCCUGGAAAUUCAAGCGUCCUCUCUCGCAAAACGAAGAACCUUUUCGAACCAAAAAUUUGUUUAUGUAAAGGUGAUUAGGUGCUGUAAUACCUCAAGACAGUAGAAACUCAGAAGAAUCAAUAGUUUCUUAGUUUGGUUUUUGGUGACGUCAUGUGCAAACCAAGAAUUAUUUGUUCAGUUUACCUAUAAGUCAUGUUCACUACUAUGAGAAUUUCCGUCAAACGGUUCAAGGUCUUCAAUUUGCCGCGAGCCGGCACUGUUUGAGUGUCAGGAAGGGGUUAACUGAUACUUAUAACACCCCCCCCACCAUCUCACACCCUCCAGUUUGUGUGCUUUGAUUGAAGGAAAUCCAUUUCUAAAGCCGUGUGGUGAUUCUAAUUUUGAAGGCGCUUACGAGAUUUUCUUUAAGUCCGUUUCCGGUUUCCGGUUGGCUAGUUGGUCAGUCGGGAAACGGACUUUCUCUCGCUUUGCGAGCGUUCACGCAGUGGACUUGUGGCAAUUCUAGCUGCGUAGCAUUGAAAAUCAAUAAGAACUGAUGAUCCAAUCAAACCUUCUCUGUCAUCUUUAUUCCGUGGGGAGCUUAUUCUAAUAUGGCUUCACCUCCUAGGUUCGUGUUUGUGCUUGCAGACCCAAAUAAAACUCUAGCCUUGAAAGGGUUAGUUCGGCAAGGGAUUGAUGCAAUAGGUAGUCUCUACAUGGACAAAAAAAUGGCUUGUCUAUUAAGUAUUUCGUCCAUUGUGAAGUGACGAGUUUGCCGAUAGUGAAGUAGUUUCACAUGGGCUUGCUCGCUCUUGACCAGUGAUUUGAAAUGAGCCGCGAUAGCAAACCAUAUUUUUACAUGGCGCAUUAUAUCUCAGCGUCCCUUAUUUUCCACCAACACAUUGUUCUUUUUCUUAUCAAAAUAAUACUUACCGAAAAUCUACUGAGCAUUUUUAAAUGCUUUUUAGUAGAUUACCUAAGAAUCUGACUACUUAAAAAUAGUCAGGUUCUCUUCAAAAUCCCCAAGCUUCACUCUCCCUGAACAGAGACGACUUUCUGGCACCCUGAUAGCUGCCCACCACGUAUUUUUAGCGUUAAAAAAGGUUAACUAAGGUUUGUUCACAAUGGAAAGUGAACAAAGCUUAUCCAUCUGGUUCAUAGCACUCCACUGAACCACUUAGAAAAAAGAUCCAAAUAUAACAUUACAGGUUUGAAAACCCCAACUGGCAGGAUCCAACCAGUUGGCUAUUUACAAUUACAUGUACUAUUUCUAAGUGGUAUGAGUUCUGUAAAUUUAAUGAGAUUCUAAAACGCAUUUUACUCUCCCCUUUUUCAAAAGGUUUCGCAAAGCGUUUGUAUUGUUCAUGAAAGAGCCUUGUGGCAAGUCACAGCCUCGCAUGAUGAGUUCCACAAAUCGUAGAGAUGUUCAUUACAAAACAAGCAUUGUUACACCACCAUCGUCAAGCAGUACGUCUGUUAGACAGGCCACAACCAGUGUGGUGCUUAAACAUAGUGCCUGACAUAAGCGAUUUUGAGCGAAGUCUUACGAUUAAGUCUUCAACAAAGCCUGCGCGCCGGCCCCAUCUACUAAGAUCUCAAGAUACACUAUGGAUGUAGAACUCUACUGCAGCACGCACGGCCGUGAGUGUAUAUAGAGGAUGACAUCCCUGGUCGUGUUUACUACUUCCAAUGAAGUCUCUUCAGCUGCCUCUUUAUAAUGGGAGGAAAUAGAGACAAACUUUCUAACACUCACUAAACAUUAUGGAAUAAAACAAAUGGAAAAAGAAGUAGAAGUAGAGAUGUCCACG